GAUAAUGGAACCAUGAUAUUGUGCGUGACAACUGUAAUACACUGAACUGGAGUCUGAAGCAACUGCAGCUGUCUCUAUGAUGUCAUAAAGACAAAGGCACCAAACAUGGUUUGCAUGUUUGUUUGAUGAUUUACUGAUGCAAGCGUUGAAUGAUGUUUUUUUUUGUGAUUUUGCACAUUCCUGGGAAGCUGCAGAGAGACGUUCAAGAUGCCUGCUGCGCUAGAGUGGGAUGACGUGAAGAGGAUUGACCCGGCGACCGUCCAUGAACAUUACAAAGAUGAAAUUGACGGUGUCAUCGACCUUCUCACUUCGGAAGAAGAGUGGGAGGUGGAGCAUCAAGCUCAGGAGGACACUGUCCACAUACUGCGAGUGUUUCAGGCCCUGCUCAAGAUGAAGCAUCGUGAAGCUUCUCUUGCUGAACAACUCGUUGAAGAACAAGAAAAAAAUGAAACUAAACUUCUCGCCAAGGUGUCGAGACUGGAGGAAGAACUUGAGUAUGCUGGCACCGGCCCAGAGAACCUCUUCCUGAGAAAUGAGCUUCGGCAGCUUAAAGGCCAGCUGAUGGAGAAGGAGGAGAUGUUGAACCAGCUGAAAAAAGAAAUGAAAAGAGAAAAGAAGACAACAAAACAUUUGAUUUUGAGAGCAGAAGCAGCAGAGGAUGACCUUAAGUUGUUGAAAAGAAAGAACACGCAGCUCCAGCAGGAUGUGGACUUUUAUCAUGGAGAGCUGGAACGCAAGGAGUCGGGUCCAUCCAGAGACGAAAACACAGAGACUCAGAGGAAGCUCAACUCUGCCAACCGCCAGCUCUCCCAAUGCCUGGAGGAGCUGCAGCAAGCGGAAGAAGAAAUCGCACAGCUUAAGACUGACAACCAGAAUAUGCAGAAACGUCUGAUGGAGUCUACCAAGGAGAUGGAGAAGAUGAGCGAUGAGUACAACCACAUGAAGAUGGCCGUCCAUAAGUGUGACUCCAUGACAGACCAGCUCAGGAAAGAGAGGGAUCAUGCCGAGCUGCAGGUCAGAGAGCUGACGCAGAAGAUGAAAGACAUGACAGAAGAGGAUGACCCAAUCAUGGCAGUAGUGGACGCCAAAGUGAUUGAAUGGAAGAAAGUGCUCUCUGGAAAGGAUGAGGAGAUAUUGGUGUACCAGCAGAUGAUCCGGGACCUUGAGCAAAAUUUGCGUCUGGCCCAGCUGGACUUGGACAGAAUCAACAUUAUUUCCUUGCAGCAGGCGGUGGAAGAUAGAGAUGAUCAGAUCAAGAUCCUGAGAGAGCAAGUGGCGCAGUAUACGAGGGAAAUGCAAAAGCAAACCUUGUUCAUGGAGAGUCUGAAGCUGUCUAAAAAGGAAGUGGGAGUCCAAGUCCAGCAGACUAAGAUGGAGGAGAUGGAGUUCCAGCUGAAAGCUGUCGCAAUCCGAGCAACAGAAGCAGAGGAAGCUUUGAAACAAGCUGAAGCUCACGCUGAAGAAAAAGACAAGGAGCUCAUUGACGCUUCAAAGCGCUUGAGCGAUUACGAGUCGGGAAUAUAUGGCCUGGAAGAAGCUGUUGCCGAGAUUAAGGAGUGUAAAAAUCUAAUCAGAUGGAGAGAAGUUGAUUUAGAGAGCAUGACCAAAGAGAUCAACCAAAUGGACAUGAGAAUGAACGAGCUCAUGGAGGAGAAUGAGAAUUUCAGAGACAGACUAGGCUAUGAACCCAGAGAAGAAGUGGAUCUGACAGAGUUCAGACGAGCCAAAGGACUCAAACAUUGGCAGUACAAAGCAGAAAAUCAAGUUCUGAUUAAAGAGAUUGAACGUCUUGAAGAGGAAAGAUUGGAUAUGAAGAAACAAGUCAGACAGCUGGCCAAGCAGAGAGGACUACCACAGUCCAUCUUGGUGGAGGAGGAUGUCACACACACUAAAAGGUGGCCGCAAACUUCUGAACUGAGCAAAACUCGCAUGGAUGAAGAGCUCAGGGCCAAGAAUGAACACCUAGAAAAAGAAGUGAAGAUCCCAAAGAAAGAGAUGGAACUCCAGAGGUGCCAGUUGCAGCUCAAAGUGGAUCAGCUAACCAAGGAGAAACGAGAUGUUGCGGGUGUACUCAUAGAUGUCCUCCAGGCUUUAAAGGCUAAAAAUAACACAAAUAUACCCAGUCUGAAAAAACUGCAGAACCACAACCUGAAGGUCUUUGUCAUGGAGAUGGUGAUGAACAUCCAACAGGAGCAUGCUAAAGUCCAUCAAGAGAAGAUAAAAGCAGAGGAGGAGAGCAGGAGGGCAAAACAAAGAGGAGACAAUCAAGAACGGAGGCUUCAAGAGAUGAAGGAGGCUCGGAAAGGUCUGGAGGAGAAAUUAAAGGAGAAAGAAAUGGCGGUGGGAUGGCCUGAAGAGGAUGUUUUGUCCACGAAGAAACGUAAUAGCGAGUUACCAACUGCUGGGAGACCAGAACAUCCCAUUGAAGAAAUGUUUGAUCAUAAAGGAGACUCAAACAGACAGGGUGCCCUCACACUGGUCCAUAAGACCAUCAAAGAUCUUCAAGGCCGACUCAAUCAAAAAGAGGAUUUGCUCAAGAAGUACCAGAACCAGAUGACUCAAGUAGGAAAGGAUCAAGAAGCGUUGAUAAAGAGACAUGCUGAGGAGAUAAAGAUGCUCUACAAGAAGUUGGACACCAACAGCAACAUUGCUCUGGACCACUUCAAACGCCAGGCAGCGGAAGAGAUGAAGAAGCCCAGCAUCAUCAUGCCAGAAUCCCAACAUCUGGACCGUGUGACCGAGUUGGAGCAGACGGUGGCUGAACAGGACAUAUCACUCUCAUCCAUCACCAGGAAGCUGAAGCUGGCCACUGCGGAGUUGGAGCGACAGAAGAUGAUUGUGGACACACAGGCUAAGAAACAAGCUAAUGAGAUAUCCAGGCUGAAGAGAUGCCAUGCUGCAGCGGUGGAAGAUCUGACCAUUGAGACCAAAAACCAGAGGAGCCAAAUAAUGGAGAUGAAAAAGGAGGUGGAUUCCCUCCUAAAUGAGCUGGAAACCCAAAAGGAGGCCAAUGCUUUAUCUCCAAGCAACACUAUGAAGAACUUGGUAGAACAACUGAAAGCACAGCUGGUCCAUAAGGAGAAACAAGUCAAAGCCCUCAGUAGAGUUCUGAUAGACUUGCGAUCAAAAAUGACAUCUGCUGCAGAACAACAAGUUUUAGCCAUUGCUUCACAAACCGAGGAGAGGCUCAAUGUGCAGAAGAUGGUUGACAAGCACACCAAAGACUUGAAGGCUCAGGUGCUAGAGCUAAGUGAUGAACUUGAAGCUGCAAAGGAGGCUGCUAGAAAAAGUGAGAGCUCUCUUAAGGGUUUGGUGGACAGCCUCAACAAGAAACUACAAAAAAGUCAGAACCAUCAGAAGUCCCUCCAGGUUCAAAAGGAAGAGAAAGAGCAAGAAAUCCAAGAACUGGAGAAGCAAAUGAAGUGCCAUGGCGACUCCAUUCAGAGCAAAGAGAAAGUUCUGCUCUGGAAGCAGGGCAAGAUAUGGCAGUCAAGGUUGGAGAAAAUGAAGAACACCCUGAGGAAUAAGGAAUGUGAAAAUUACUCCCUGACCAAACAGCUUAGUACUAUAAAAGACCUCAAUGCCAGGCUGGAGAAAGAGAAGAAUGCACUGCAGAAUAGGACGAGGCCUCGAGGAGUGACGGCUGAUCAGGUGGUGGGAGAGAGAAGAGAUGAGCUGAUGAACGAGGCUGAAGGGCUGAAGGAAAAGAAUACUAACAUGGAGACUCAGCUGCUCACCAUAAAACAACAGCAGACUGGUGAGAGUCCCAUGGAGGAUUUUGCCCAGAAGAGGCAAACCCUUGAGGAGAGAUUACAAUCCUUGGAGAAACAGAUAUCUAGCAAGUCUCCAGCAAUACCACUUACAUCAGAGAAGGACACUGAGACUUUAUCACAGAAAGAUCAGGAGCUGCAGAAAGAGAACCUCAAGCUGGCCUCGGAGAACCUGGAACUCCGCCUCCAACUAGCACAGGCCAACAUAGACCUGCCAAGAGUCUCGAGUAAAGUUACAAACCUGGAGGAGAUGUGCAGUGCCCUGGAAAAUGAAAAUGCUGCUCUCCAGAAUGGACUUUCUCAUACAUGCCAGGCGGACAUGUGGUAUGUUCCAGAUGAUGAAGAGACAAAAAUCAGUGAGCUGAUGAAAGAUAACCUGGAGGGGAAACAGGAGCUAGAAGAGCAACAUGAUGACAAGAAAAUGUCUGUAGCAGAAGCAGAUAAGUGCAAAGUUGAAAGUAUUGUUGAUGAGACUGAAGAUUAUCAGUUCACUACUGGGCAGGAGGAAGAGGAGGAGGAGGUGGUCUCAACACACCUGUGGGACAUGACAGUAAAAUGAACGUUAACUGGAGCAUUCAUUGUUGGACUCCUGAAGGGCUUCUUAAACUUGUUUUCUUUGGACCUUUAUCUUCCCUGCGGCCGUUAGCUCACAAUAAAUCACAGCAUGCACAGCACAACUGUUUUUUUUUUAAAGUGCAUAGCUUCCACGAUAAAAGCCACCCAGGUCUUGUUUUAAGAUGGUUGAAAACUGCACUUUUUGGGGGAUAUUUCCCUUUUCUGUGCAUUAUAACAUGAA